GUCCAGGGCAGUUUCGAAGCCGCAGUCACCGGUUGCACCGCGUUCGAGAAGUAGCCUCGCACGGGUCUCGUCCCGCACCCUCGGCGCUUUCUCUUCCUCUCCGUUCCGCCGCGCUCGCCUAUCCUCGCGGCGCGUUCGUCUCCGGCUUCGCGUUCUGCUCGCCGGUAGAACUCUGCCGAAUGUGCGCGAUUCUCUCGGCGAUAUUUCCGAGACACAGAGCGGGUCACGUCCGCGCCCCGCGUUCCAACCACCCUCGAAGCGUAGCGUCACCGUCGCGGCCGUCGACGACGCUCGCGACGACGACGACAGCUACGACCGCGGGUACGGCCGCGAAGAGGCGGAAAACGGAUACGACGGACGAUAUGCGUUGAAGUGUCGGAAGAAAGCAGUGCGGCCCGCGAACGUCCAGCCGAACGGCCAGUGAAUACCGGGAGGAAUGUCCGGCAUCGACGCGACGCUGCGGACCGAACGACCCGAUCGUAAAUAGAAAUCGCCGCGAGACCGGCCGAUCUUCUCGCGAUUCUAAAGCCGGAGGAGAGCCGAGCCGAGAUUGGAUCGUGGCCGCGAGUGAACGAACAGUGUGAUCGGGGAAAAGUGGAGGAACCGAUCGAUAUACGACGGAGAACGAUCCCUCGGACGAUCGUUGUUGUUCUUCGCUCGAUCGAUCGAUCGAUCGGAGGAAGACCGAGUUUACGCCGCUCCGGAACCUUUGGAUGCUCGGUGGCGACGAUUGAUCACGCAUGCGGCGGUUUUAGCUCUCGGGGAGGAUGUUCCACGGGGGCGGAAGCGGCGGGUACGGCGGCGGCGGUUCCGACUACCAGCAACAGUCCCAGCAACAGCAGCAGCCGCACGGCCAGCAGCUCCAGGCUCCGGUGUACGUGCCCUCGUCGAGGCCGACCAUUCCAUCGGCAGCGACGGCAGCGGCGGCCGCGGCCGCGGCCGCUCAGUAUCACUCGUUCCCCGGCUCCGGUUCACCAGCCUGGGAGAAGACCGCGGCGUCCUGGCAGCAUGGAGUGGAAACGUACGCGGCCCAUCACGCGCUCGCCGGGCACGCGAGCGGAUCGGCGAGCGCCGCCGCGGCCGCGGCCGCAGCCGCAGCCAUGGGCCCUCAUUCGGGGCACGCGCAUCCGCACGCGGCGCACCCGCACACCGGACACCCGCACUCGAGUCUCGCCGCGGCCGCGGCCGCGCCGUUCUACGCCCAGAACGUCGCCAUGAUGUCCUCGUGGCGCGCGUACGACGGGGCAGGAUUUCAACGAGCAUCGCCUUACGACACCGCGAUGGACUUCCAAUUCGGCGAGGGCCGCGAAUGCGUGAACUGCGGCGCCAUAUCGACGCCGCUAUGGAGACGGGACGGCACCGGGCACUAUCUGUGCAACGCCUGCGGACUCUAUCACAAGAUGAACGGGAUGAACAGACCGCUGAUCAAGCCAUCGAAGAGACUGACCGCGACCAGACGGCUCGGGCUCUGCUGCACGAAUUGCGGCACCAGAACGACCACGCUCUGGAGGCGCAACAACGAGGGCGAGCCGGUUUGCAACGCUUGCGGCCUCUAUUUUAAGCUGCACGGGGUGAACCGGCCGUUGGCGAUGCGAAAGGAUGGUAUACAGACGCGGAAACGAAAGCCGAAGAAAACGCCGGAACCGAACGUCAGACCAUCCACGGGAGAUCACGAAACUGCCACCGUUUCGACGGCCUCGUCUCCGCCCACGGAGCUCAAGGGCGGCCAACAGCAGCAACAACACCAACAGCAGCAGUCGCAGCAGCAGCAGCAGCAACAGCAGCAGCAACAGCAGCAGCAGCAACAACAUCAAAUCGACGGGUCGAAAUCGGGCGGCGGCGCUUCGAGCUCGACGGACAGACCCGUGUACUUGGGGCACACGUCCCUUCUGGCGACCGGCAAUGUCGCGACCGUGAAGACGGAACCGCGAAGUUGCGACGGAAUCGUGGGCCAGCCUUACUCGUCGUAUUAUCAGCAUCCUCAUCAACUCGGCGUGUCGACCAGCGAGCAUCAACAACAAACGUACUACGGGAGCCAGGAAGCGCCGUACCAUCACCAACAUCACGUGACCGCGGCCGCCAAGUUGCUCGCGUCCUCGUAACUGCGAGCCCUGUAUUCGCGAAGAAUCGAAAGUGAUCGAAGUGAUCGUAGUGAUCGAAGUAAUCGAAGCAAUCGAUGAACCGACGACGCGACGACGCGACCCCGCGCAACACAGGGCGAACGAAUGUCGCCGCGAGUCGCAACGAGCGAUCUCGAGUUUUCUCGGCUAUGUCUCUCUCUCUCUCUCUUUUUCUUUUCUUUCUCUGUUCUCGGCUAUCGCCACACGGAGAAAACACGAGAUUCCGCGUGCGCUGCUUCCGAGUUGGCGCGUUUCAUUUGUCCUAUGCUUGUUCCUCCGUAAUCUCGCGAUUCAUUCAUGUACCGUUACUCAUAGUAUGCGCGCGUGCAAAGCCGCACUCGUUUGAAUUAUUUGUAAAUAAUUGGAUGGAACCGACGCGUAGCCAAGCGGCUAACUUUCACGCCGCGUUUCGCUCGGAACGUCCCGGAAUCGAGAACCUUUCAGAAUAUCUGACGGGUUCCGUCGACGUUUCUGCCGAUCGCGGCGCGUCUCUCUCCUCUCUCUCUCUCUCUCACUUUUUCUCUCGGGCCGUGCGUACGUACGCGCUUCCAUCGUCGGUGCGACGAGAAUCGUUCGAAUCGACCGACCGGUUCUCUGUACAGUUCCUGUAUAAUUAAUUUUCGGACGCGCAAUAAAGAGCAAAGCUUUAGUUCUCA